AGGCGCACGUUAGUAAAUCCACCACCAGAAUCGGAGUUGAUAGGUGGAGAAUUCAUCAAAAACAAAAAAAGGCACUGUUUGUGUCUUGCUAACCAAAAAAAAUCUUAUAAUAAAAAAAAAGAAACCGAAAUCUCUCUCUUUAAAGAUCUCUCAUCGCCGAUCUGUUUCUCAAUCGUUUGACAGUCAUCGGCUUUGUUUUAGCAAUGGCAGCUCCACCGGCGAGGGCUAGAGCCGAUUACGAUUACCUCAUAAAGCUUCUCCUCAUCGGCGACAGCGGUGUGGGCAAGAGUUGCCUUCUUUUGCGUUUCUCAGAUGGUUCCUUCACCACUAGUUUUAUCACCACUAUCGGGAUUGAUUUUAAGAUAAGGACCAUUGAGCUUGAUAGCAAACGAAUUAAGCUCCAAAUAUGGGACACAGCUGGUCAGGAGCGAUUCCGAACUAUCACAACUGCUUAUUAUCGUGGAGCCAUGGGUAUUUUGCUGGUCUAUGAUGUUACCGAUGAGUCAUCUUUCAACAACAUCAGAAAUUGGAUUCGCAACAUUGAACAACAUGCUUCUGAUAAUGUAAACAAGAUUCUGGUGGGAAACAAGGCCGACAUGGACGAAAGCAAAAGGGCUGUGCCGACAUCCAAGGGCCAAGCACUUGCUGAUGAAUAUGGAAUCAAGUUUUUCGAAACUAGUGCAAAGACAAAUCUCAAUGUCGAGCAAGUUUUCUUUUCAAUAGCAAGGGAUAUAAAACAAAGGCUUGCUGAUACAGACUCGAGGAGUGAGCCUACAACAAUUAAGAUUAAUCAACCCGACCAAGCUGGUGGGGGCGGUCAAGCUGCGCAAAGAUCAGCAUGCUGUGGAUCUUAAGUGCAGAUUAUUAUUUAAUGGGGGCACUAAUUGCAGGUGACACUUUUGUCUGAAAAAAGAAAGAAAACUAAUUGUGAUUACUAGACAAUGAAGGCUUGUAACUUCUGUCUUUUAUUAUUCUUUUAAAUGAUGUUUUAGUGUGUGAAAGGUAGUUUAUAACUAGCAAAAACAUUGUGGCUUAACAGUUGUGCAUCAUGUAGCACACUUUGCUCCCUUUUUAGUAGAAAAUUAUUCGUGUGGUAUUUUCUCAAA